AUGAGUUCUUCUGCAACUGCUGCCGCGGUUUCACAAAACGACACUGCGGUCGCUCAAAAGAAUUACAAAAUCGUUCAAGAUGUCGGUAAUUUUGCCGAGAUCGAGGCAAACCGCCCUAAUUUCGACCAAGAAAAACCAAUUGAAGUCACCAAAUCGCCGUACCCCAAGUGGGAAUAUGGACAAGGUGUACCGGACAAUGGCGCGAGUCUGGCUCAAAAGCACCACGAGAUCGACCCGUACGCGCCUGAUCGCCCAAUGAUCAACAAUUAUCGUCUUCUUGUCUCAGGCAUCGCACCUCGACCGGUAGGCUUUCUCAGCACGAUGAGCUCCCAGGGGCAGAAAAACCUCUCGCCUUUUAGCUACUUCCAAGUACUUGAUCAUGACCCCCCAAUGUUCAUUGUAGGUUUCUCAUCACGCCCCGGUCGCGUCAAGGACACAUACCGCAACUUGAAAGAAACGAAAGAAUGUGUUAUCAACACCGUAUCUGAAAAUAUGAUUGAGGCUGUCAAUGCUAGCUCCAUUGAUGCGCCAUACGGUGUCUCCGAGUGGGAAGUUUCGGGUCUUCACGAGGCGCCUUCCACAACGGUGAAACCCUCGCGCGUUGAGGAGUCGGUGUUUAAUAUUGAAGGCAAAGUGAUCGACAUCAAAGAAUUCACUGAUCAUCAACAACCUGGAAUGAGCAUAGCCGCUACAGUUCUCAUCAAGGCCACUCGAUUCUGGGUCAAGGAGGGUACGGCUGAUCCAGAAUACAGCCAUAUCGACCUGGAUAAAUUGCGGCCUGUGGGACAACUUGGCGGAGUCUCUUAUGGCCGAAUUACAUCGACUUUUGAGCGACCACGCGCCCGAUGGGCUGAAGAAGUACCCAAGAGCCAGUUGUUAGCAGAUUUGGACGCCACCAAACCGGAGUGA